GAAAAUCCAUCAGCCAAUCAGGAAGCAGGUUGCCUUUUAAAACUCAGCCGGGAAACUUGGAACCACCAAAACAAACGUCGUUUUGCUUGCGUAGAGGAGAAACGCUUUUAAAAGCUAACGUACAGACAUGGACACCAUGAUUUACCUGGAUCAGGAGAACGGCAGACUGACCACUCCAGCCAUCAAGUCUCGCCAGAACAGACUGCACUCUGCUCCAGAUCAGUGCUUGAGAACACCUCUGACAGGAAAGGCACGUCUUGGCGCUCCUCUGCAGUCCAGCCGUAAAGCUUUGGGUGUCAUAAAUAAGGUUGUUGCCACUCCAGCAGCCUCUCAUAAAGCAGAGGAGAAGACCAAACCUGCUGAAGCCAAGUGUAAGGUUCCUGCUCAGCCAGCUAGUGAGGAGUUGCCAGAGAUUGAGAAGUGUUUCCCAUACAAUCCAAGCGAGUUUGAGACCUAUGGUGUUCCAGAUGAAGUCUACCUCAGUCGUUUCUCUCUGGCUGGUUUGGGAAAACCGAUGUGGCCGACUGCUUCACCUGUGGAAGAGCUGCUUAUGGACCCAUGUUUGCCACUCUCACCUUUAAAGAUGCCCAGAGCAGUGGAAUACGAUGACGAAAUGGAGGCAUUCCUACAGACGAUCAGCGAGCUGACUGUUGACUUGCCCCCUGAGUGUGAACUCUAAACUUUGUGGAUUAACUUUGUACUUUUUAAAUUGUUUGCUUUCUUUACUGUAUUAAAUGUUUCAUGAAACUUCUGUUUGUAUGUUAGUCUGACGCCAAGCGGUCUUUGUUUAAACUUAACUGGGUCAGUUCCUCAGUAGUGUUAAGAUCUCACUAAAGGUGUUGUACGUCAUUAAACAUU